AUCCGCCCACUCCAAGGCCAAGACGGUACCCCAGCCCCGUCCGGCCGGGUGUGGCCCGGAGCCAGCCGCCGCUGCGCCGAGCCUGGGUUCCACGAGCGCGCAACCUUAGCCAGAGUCGCGCGAGGGACAGUGGCCCGGCCAACGUGGCGCACCCGGGAGGGCUGGCGGCGACUGUCAGGAACGCGGGGGAGGGCUCCGCGGACCGGGUGGGCGGGUCGGACUCUGCCAACGGCCGGGCGCCAGGCCCGGGUGUCCAGGCAACAGCCAGCUAAAGGGAAGAAGAAAAGCCGGGGCAAGCCGCGUGGGAAGAAGCAGAAGAAGCCGGAAGUGGACAUCCUCAGCCCCGCCGCCAUGCUGAACCUCUACUACAUCGCGCACAACGUGGCCGACUGCCUGCAGCUGCGCGGCUUCCGCUGGCCAGGCGCUGCCAAGGCAAAGAAGGGGAAAGGCAAGACUUAAGCGAGGGCGUUUCCCAGCCCCUCUCUCCUGCAAAGAACAGAACCCGGGGAAGAGAAAGCAGGAUUAUGCCACCGUUGCAAGCAAAAUAGACUUUACUGACGACAAUCUGAGAUGCAGAGAGUGUGCUUUUCUGUGGUAGAUAAUGAUACACGCAUUUUACUUCCUCAGCUAAACCCAGAUAUGAGUGGGUGAGCCAGUUUGGUUUUUCAGAAGUUAAGGGGUGGGGGGGAGAAAGUGUGCGGUAAUUCCCACGCAAUGUGGUGGAAUUGAUAGAACCUUUAAAAGUUAAUAUAAAUCUGGGUUAGAAUUGAACCUCGCUGUCCAAGGGCAGUUCUAGCUUUCACGAGUUUUGUUUUGCCCAGAGGGGUUUUGUUUUUUAAAGUAGACAUGAAAAAAGCAUUGCAUUUGCUCAUGGGUCCCUCUGUUGACCACAGUUUCCUUUCCUCAUCUUUUUCUAGAAAAGUAAUAAAUAUUUUGUUACUAGCA